AUGGUCCUGCUCCAGCGGCGCGCCAUGCUCCGGACCAUGUCGUCGCUGCUCCUCGACGGCGGCGGCCUGGCGACGGGCGCGGCCCUCGAGUCCACGCGGUACGUGCUCUUCGUGCGCCACGCCGAGUCCGAGCACAACGUCGCGGAGCGGACGCACGACUGGCGGCGGCUCCUGCUCCAGCGGGACCACGGCAUCACGCCGGCGGGCUGGGGCCAGUGCGCCGCGCUGCGGUGCUCCAUCGCGGACGAGCUCCGCGACGACGCGAGCGUCUGGGCGCGGCGAGACCUCCGCGUCUACGCGUCGCCGCUCACCCGCGCGGCGCAGACCGCGCUCCUCUCGCUCCGCGACGUGCCCGCGCUCGCGCGCGGCGGCCUCACGCUCGUGCCCGAGGCGCGCGAGCUCGGCGCCGGGCCCGUCUACGGCCGCGACUGCCUCGGCGAGGCCGUCGGCGGCGCGGGCAUCCGGGACCGGCUCCUCGCGGCCGCGGCGACGGCCGCGGGCGCGGACCGCGACGCCUUCGCGGCGCUCGUCGACGCCACGCCCCUCGACGCGUCGCGCUGCGGCGGCAAGUGGUGGUCCAGCUUCGAGCCCCACGCGCUCGCGCGGCCGCGCGUCGCCGCGCUCCUCUCCGAGCUCGCGGCCGGCGACGGGCCCGCGGUCCUCGUCUGCCACAGCCUCCUGCUGCGGGCCAUCUUCCGGGACCACGGCGCCGACGACGCGACGCGGGACCUCGCCGACGGCUUCGUGCCCAACUGCGGCGUCGCGUCCGUCGAGCCGUCGUUCCAGCCGUCCUACGCGCGCACGAUGGACGACGGGUCCAUCGACGUGCCGGCCUUGGCCAAGGGCCUGAACCUCGUCGUCGGCGCGCUCAUCGCCAUCUGCGCCGUCGUCUUCAUGGCGUCGAACGGGUCCUACCUCGCCGUCGUCGUCGGCCUCGAGACCAUCGUCUUCGCCGCGCUGCUCCUCAUCGUCGAGCUCCAGGCGGACCCGGCGCUCGCCACCGUCCGACAGGUCGCGCCGUUCGCCAACACGCCGCGCGGCGAGGUGCUCGUGUCCGUGCUCACGGGCCUCUUCCUCUUCGGCAUGGGCGCCUUCGGCAUCGCCAUGGGCGUCAUCCUCUUCGCCGCCGUCGGCCUCAACGCCUACGUCUUCGUCGCGCACCCGGAGGCCGUCGCGGACCGCCAGGACCCGAUCCCGCAGACGGACCAGUACAGCGACCCGAGCACGCUGUCGAACCCGCUCUACCCCGACGGCUCCGAGCCCUACCAGCCGUCGACCCAGCCGAGCACGGCGGACCUGUCCGACACGAAGAGCUGCGUCGCGAUCCAGGCACCGCCGGCACCAACGUUUGCCAUGGCCAUACCGUCGGAAACCGCCGAGCGGCUCAUCGCGCUGACCAUCUUCUGGAUGGUGACGCAGGAGGCGGACAUCCGCAUGUGGAUCCUCGACGAGGCGCGCAAGCGCGGCGAGACGUUCAAGCGCGAGUUCAUGGUCGACCGGUCCCUCGACGGCUGUCGACUCCUGCCCUUUCCGAGCGUGCCGUGGACGACGCUGCCGCCGCGGCUCGCGCUGCGGUGGGCGACGGAGCCGAAGGUCCGCUGGGCGCUGCACCGCCUCGGCCUCAUCGCCGGCGUCGUCGCCGCGGCGUCGACGGCGUGUCGACCCGUCGCGUCCGCCGCGUUCCUCGCGCUCGCCGCGGCCGAGAUCUACUGCGUCUUCGCGCUGUUCCGACCGCACAUGCAUUUCGCGCCGCUGCUCUAUCUCGUCGCGGCCCAGCUCGUGGACCGGCGGGCGCGGUUCCGGAGCCUCGUCCUGCUGGUCGUCGUCUCGCAGUCGUACGCGUCCGCUGGCUGGUGGCGCCUGGGCCACUUCCUGGCCGUCGAGGGCUUCGAGGUCGACGCGGGCACCUUCGGUAAAGCGUUCCGCCACUUCCUCGAGGUCUUCCAGGCGGGCUGCCCCUACCGAGCGGGCAACGCGCGGCUGCUGCGCGAAAGCGACGCGGCCCUCGGCCGCGCCUACGUCGCCGCGACGGUCCUCGAGGCGGCGCUCCUGCCCCUGGUCUGCGCGUCGGAGCUCGCGGUCCUCGCGCUGCCGGGAGGCGCGGCGCUCCGGGGCUCCCAGAUGGCGCUCCGGCGCUGCGCGGCCGCGGCCGUCGCCGGCUUCCACCUGUCGAACGUCCUCCUCCUCGGCAUCUGGUUCGGCACGCAGAAUCUCACCGUGGCCUGCGUCCUGUGCUUCUACGGCGAGGCGCCGGACGCCGCGCCGCGCCCCGCGGCGCACGCGGCGGGGCUCGCCGUCGCGCUCUUCGCCGCCGCCGCCGCGGUCGCGCGGGCGGACCGGUUCCCGCGCAACGGCGCGCCGCUCUUCCCGUUCCCCGCGGCCCAGGCGCGGCUCCUCGCCGCGGACUGGCGGCUCGCCGACGGCGCGACGCUCCGCGCGCUCAUGCUCCCGCGGCACCUCGCGCAGGCCGGCGUGGAGCUGACGGCGAAGGAGCUCUCCGCGGCGAACUACGUGCGGACGGUCUGCGGCGCGAGCAACCCGAACAUGCCCGCCUGCGUGCUCCCCGAGCGCGCGCCGCGCGCGUUCGUCGACGCCGCCUACGCGCUCGCGCGCCGCCACGAGCUCCUCGACGGCGACGGCGCGACGGGCUGGGGCGCCCGCGCGGCCGCGGGCUACCCGGGCGUCGCGGACCUCGUCCUCCGGCGACUCCGCGGCGAAUUCCGCGCGUGCCGCGCGGCCUUCGCGGCGGCGCGGCCCUUCUACGACGUCGUGUCGGGGACCGACGACCUCGUCCUCGUCCUCGCCAAGACCGCGCCCACGGCCGACGGCCGCGCGCGCGUCGUCGCCCUCGAAGACUAAUGCGGUGAGCCUG